AUGCGACAAAGAAAAGGCGGAUCGAGUCGAAAGGGGGAGGAGCUUCCUGGAUUGGAAAUGAAGUUAGAAAGUCAAGGUAGCGGAUGGAAAGUUGUUGGUAAUAAAGCUCAGCAGGGAAGCGAGUCCAUAUUUCAGUUGCGCAGUACUCGUCUUGAGCGUGAAAACCGGUUGUAUGUGCAUAUAAAUGAUCCAUCUAAUUACGUUUUUAAAGGUGUAAAGCCUUUCUCUCAUGUAGCCUUUUUGAUUGCCUCAGUGCAGCACAUUUUAACAAAUACGAACAGUAUGGAAGCAGGAACUAAUCUUCCAGGGCUGGAUGCUUCCCUGUUUAGGUUGUUUGGUUAUGUUUUAUGCUGUGAAUGCCGUGAGCCGUUUACCAUCCCCGGCUCUUGUCAAAUAGUCCUGAUACCUGCUUACGAAGAUGCGGCUUGCAAAAUUUUUUCGAUGCUUUACUUGGCAUCUUAUGUGGAAGCCUUGCAGUCUCAUUAG